AUGGGGCGCGUGUCUAUACAAUUCCUUCUUGCGGGCUUGGUUGGGUAUGCCUUUGCUGGUAUCCACCAUCCUGCGCAUGGCUAUCGCCAUCGCCAUCGCCACUUGAUGCCGCCUAUUGAGAACCUGGAGCUUCGAGAUCUCGCCUGGGAUAACGUGAAUAACACCCCAGAUGAUUUUGUGGUGGAAUCCAUUACCCUCACCACCACGAAAACCGUUUUUGGAAACUGCGCGCCAACCAACACUAUUCACAGCACGCUUACGCUUGUCAGACAUAGGCCUGAGCCUACGCCAUAUUGGCAUGAUCAUUCCAUGCACAGCCCCGCGCGUCCCGAGGCAUAUGAGGACCACUGGCAUCAACGUGAGCCGCAGCCUCAGCCUAUUCUCCCUGCACCGACAAACAAAAAGCCCGCUCAACCUCAACCCACUCACCUCGAGCCCCCGGCUCCCAGGCCAACGGGGGUAGAGGGCACAGUUACCAUCUUAAAGACACACACAAUCAGCAAAACCGCAACGAAUACCGUAAAGGUCACCGUCUACCCGGGAGCCAGCCCUGUGCCAGUUGUAAACACAUCCCCGGGGAAUCCCUCACAAGCAGAAAAAGCCGCGCUUGCAGACACGCUGCCAAAAGGCUCUUUAGAAGAAGAGAAAGCCGUUCCAGCAAAACGCCCACCUCCACCACGUCCCCACAACAACAAAGGCGGACCCAUCAACGCCGUACUCGAUUUGCCGAGCGAAGUCCUCCCUGAUCUCCCAGUAGUCAACCAGAUCCUCCCAGGCUCAAAACCAGACAAUCCCAUUCCAGUGGACUGGACCGCAACACCACCGAAAGGUCAAUUCUCAACAAACAGAUUCGGAGGACGUACUCCGCCAAAAGGCAAAGGCACGGAGAUCCACUACCAGGGAAAUGUCGGCAAGCCUUGGGGAAGCAACAUCAUCAACGUUAGUCCGACCGAGGCACACACCUACAAAUACGUGGCGCAGUUCACGGGUUCAAACGAUGUGCCCUGGACGGUGGUUGUGUGGAACAAGGUUGGGCCUGAUGGUAAAUUGACCGGAUGGUAUGGCCAUUCUGCUCUGACCUUCACUCUUGCACCCGGCGAGACUCGCUAUGUCGCCUUUGACGAGGACUCUGAGGGAGCUUGGGGUGCUGCGCCUGGUGAUCACCUACCCACAGAUCAAUGGGGCGGAUACUCGUCUACGUGGGGCGAGUUUGGGUUCGGUGAUGGAGAGAAUAAUGGCUGGUCGGGAUGGGAUGUGUCGGCUAUUCAGGCGCAGAUUGCGAAUCAACCUGUGCAGGGAAUGUCUAUCUGUCAGGCUAAUGGGAAGGGAUGCUCCAUUAUCACGCCCCAUGCUGAGAAGGUGGUUGAUGCUUAUAUCCAGUCGAAAAAACACUUGGAUGGUAUUGGUGGUGCGGCGUCCCCUGGUCCUGUGCGGCUGAAAGUAGUACUUGAUUAUCGGGGGUGA